AUGGAAGCAGAGUCAAUCCAUGGACGAUGGAAGCAGAAUCAAUCCAAGGAAGAUGGAAGCAGAGUCAAUCCAUGGAAGAUGGAAGCAGAGUCAAUCCAUGGGCAAUGGAAGCAGAGUCAAUUUAUGGACGAUGGAAGCAGAGUCAAUCCAAGGGAGAUGAAAGCAGAGUUAAUCCAUGGAAGAUGGAAGGAGAGUCAAUCCAUGCAAAAUGGAAGCCAAUCCAUGCAAAAUGGAAGCCAAUCCAUGCAAAAUGGAAGCAACGUCAAUCCAUGGAAGAUGGAAACAGAGUCAAUCCAUGGGAGAUUCAAGCAGAUUCAAUCCCUGGAUGAUGGAAGCAGAAGUAAUCCCAGGGAGAUGGAAGCAGAGUCAAUCCAUGGACGAUGGAAGCAGAAUCAAUCCAAGGAAGAUGGAAGCAGAGUCAAUCCAUGGAAGAUGGAAGCAGAGUCAAUCCAUGGGCAAUGGAAGCAGAGUCAAUUUAUGGACGAUGGAAGCAGAGUCAAUCCAAGGGAGAUGAAAGCAGAGUUAAUCCAUGGAAGAUGGAAGGAGAGUCAAUCCAUGCAAAAUGGAAGCCAAUCCAUGCAAAAUGGAAGCCAAUCCAUGCAAAAUGGAAGCAACGUCAAUCCAUGGAAGAUGGAAACAGAGUCAAUCCAUGGGAGAUUCAAGCAGAUUCAAUCCCUGGAUGAUGGAAGCAGAAGUAAUCCCAGGGAGAUGGAAGCAGAUAAAAUCAAUGGAAGAUGGGAGUAG